AUGACGCGAGCAUCCGCACCGCCAAACCUGCUGCAACUGCAAAAGGCGGACACAGCCUCCGCCCGCGUUGCGGCCUUGCGAACACUGAAGAACGAAUUGAUAGGCCACGAUCAGAGAAAAGAACACUAUAUAGUGGCCGGUAUUGUCCCUUUGCUGGCCCAACAGCUUGCAUCGCAAUGGCCUGGGCCAACGGGGGAAUCCAGCGAUGGCCUGGCUCCGGCGAGGACGGACCAGAACUCGGAUGAGCUUGAGGUCUACCUGCAAACCAUUUAUGUGGUGGGGAGCCUAGCGCAAGGUGGUCCAACUUUUCUUGCCCCGAUUUUCGCUAGCGAUAUCCUUCCAAAUCUUCUUGCGACGCUCUCUUCGCCAGACUGCCCGCCAUCUUUCCGCCUUCCUAUCCUUCGACUCCUCAACACAAUUGCAGACAGGAUUCCGCUGCUGAGCCAAGAUCAGGGCCCGCAAGACACACGUCUGGCCGAUCUUGUGUUUGCCUCGGAGCCAAUCGGCGCAAUUAGAAGAAUAAUCGCGCAAGAUUACGCCAACCAUGGCAGUCAGGCCUGUAUUGAGCUAGCUGCGGCAUUGAUCGGUAAGUUAUGCACCGAAGAAGCACAUAAAACUACACUUGCGGAAAAUGGGGUGCUGGAUGCCCUUUCUAUCAAGGUUGCUUCUUUCGUGGUUGCUCAAGGAUAUGUUUUGCCUGGUGCCGAAAACUAUGUCCAGGAGCCCGGUGCCUUGGGUCAGAUGCCUCCCCCGGCCCCGGAAUCAGCGCGGUUGGCGCCAAUUCUCCGUGCAGUCACCGUAAUCAUCGAGCAGUCAAAGUGGCGGGCAGGGCACUUCCUUUCUUCGCCGGGCUUAGUGACAGUAUUCCCCAAACAAGACCCUGGAUUUGCGGCAUCAGACAUAAAGAGGGGCCCUUGGGGUGGAACGUAUCUGUCAGGGUCUGCUGUACCGCGCAACUCUGGGACAAAUCCAGUGGAUAUGCUUUUGCCUUCUGUCCCGCUUGCGAACACGAGGUCGCCGGGCUCAUCGGACUUCCCGCCCUUGAUCGGAAGCAUCUCACCCCAGCAUGGACGCCAUAGCCAGUCUCGCACCAGCCCUUCGUUUCCAAUUCAGCCGGCCGCAGAAGACGAUGAAAACUCGGUCAUUCCUUGGCUUUUAUGUCUGGUCCGCUCAGAGAGUGGUAUGCUCCGCUUGAUGGCUGCUCGGCUUGUGACGGCAUUGUUCCGGCUGGGUCUUGCGAAAAAGCACCGAGUCCCUAUGUUCAGUUACUUGCUGGUUCCAAUCCUCCUCCGUAUGCUCGACAAGGACUUUGAGCUAAUGGAUGAACCUGUCUCCUUUGGCGAUGGGCUUAUUACACCAACGCAGCGCUUGAAGGAAGAGGCGCCCGCUGUCUUAGCCAAUCUAGUCAUGGACGACCAGGAGCUACAAAGGCACGCGGUGGAGGGUAACGCCUUGAAGAGAUUGUCACAGCUUCUGAAAGAAACCUAUAACCCAGUUCCCGAGUGCCAGCGCCCAAUGUGGUUCUCGGAAGGGGAUAGUACCCCCCAGAUUAAUGAAUCCACGUCCCCAGAGUGUCGAAUCGGGCCACCCGGAUACUCACCUUCACUAUGCCAUGUGAUGCGGUACCGGGAAAAUAUUCUUAAGGCGCUGGCCGCAUUAGUGCCAUUCAAAGAUGAAUAUCGGAAAUCGCUCUGCGAAUAUGGCGUGGUACCCUACAUCAUUGAUUCUCUCAAGCCGCGGCCCAGAGACGCACCCAUUGAUCCUACGUCUAUGCCAAAGAACUCCGCCGCGGAUGGGAACCCAACCCCGACUCUUUUGGCUGCAUGUGGGGCAGCCCGUAUGCUCACUAGGUCAGUCAGCGUGCUUCGAACAAGUCUCAUUGAUGGGGGAGUAGCUCAACCGCUAUUUACCCUCUUGAAGCAUCCAGAUCUGGAUGUCCAAAUUGCAGCCACUGCAGCAAUUUGUAACUUAGCCCUGGACUUCAGCCCAAUGAAGGAGGCAAUCAUUACUAGCAACAUUAUCCCAAUUCUGUGUGAAAAUGCACACUCGCCUAACAUCAAGCUGCGGAUCGAGUCAUUAUGGGCUUUAAAGCAUGUUGUGUACAAUAGUGGAAACGACAUCAAAAUGAGGGUAGUUGAUGCUCUGAGUCCAACCUGGCUCCACCAGGUGAUGACCCAAGAUCCCGUGAACGCCCUCGCCCGCCGUGGUCAGGACGACGAAAUGGACCAGAGUACCGAGAUUGCGAUGGGCCGCGCCAACUCGGCCGGCGAACAAGUCGAUAUCCUCAAUCCGGUUGAGGACACGAACGAUUCCGCCGGAGAUACCAAGAUGGAUGACGGCACGCCGUCUUCGAAGGUAACACUUGACAAGUUCUUCCCCGAUGCUCGGCGGCAACGCAAACUCGUUCUUCAUGGUAAUCUUGAGCAGAGUACCCAAUCCCGGCAAGAUGAUAUUGCUGUGCAAGAGCAGACAUUCGACCUCAUCCGAAACAUCAUUUGUGGAACGGGAGCCGCCGAAAUGAUCGACUACCUGUUCGACAAGAUCGGACAGGACGCCAUGCUCGACGCGCUGGCGGAUAACCUGCGUCCUCGUUCGAUCCCGCUUCCACCCCACCGUGACCCGUCAAGCCGGGCUAUACAGGUCCCGCGCGAGAUCCUCGUCGCUGUGACUGCCGUCCUGGUUCACAUUGCUGCCGGCACCCCGCGCCAUCGCCAAGUCCUGAUGUCCCACGGGGAUCUCCUCUGGUCGCUGAAGAGCUACUUUGAUCACCCCUCGCGUGACGUACGGGUGAGCUGUGUGUGGCUUGUGAUCAACCUUAUUUACGAGGAAGAUACCACGGAUUUUGAAGGCUGUCGCGAGCGGGCAAUCAAGCUCAAGUCCCUGGGAAUCGGAGAGCGGUUGUCUAGCUUAGCAGAGGACCCGGAUCUGGAUAUCAAAGAGCGCACCAAGACGGCUGUGCAUCUUCUGAACAAAUUCGGCUGA